UUCUGAAAUGGAAUAAAUACAAGACACUGUGAAGUUUCGAAAUAUUAAUAUUUUUUCAAAAAAUGUCCAGUUCAGUGGAACGAAUUGUAAAUGAUACAUGUGGAUCACAGAAUAUAUCGAAAACAUCAAAUUUUGAAACAGCUGUACCAUCAAAACGAACAUACCCAAAACGUGUAUUUCUGAUCAUUGGAAGUCAGUUCUGUGAUUUCUUCAAUUACUAUGGUUUGAGAGCAAUUUUGGUAUUUUACCUAAAAUACAAAUUGGAUUACACUGAAAAUGAUGCGGCUGUAUUGUUUCAUGUGUUCACAUUCAUGGGAGAUUUAUCAAACAUAUUUGGUGGUAUUAUCUCCGACGUAUGGCUGGGAAAAUUCAAAACCAUUUUUUAUUUAUCAUUGGUCUACUUAGUCGGAUGUAUUAUCAUUUUGAUCGGUGCAAUUCCAGUCAUUGAUUUUUCUCCAAAACUAACUGUAAUUGUGGGUUUAGUUCUGAUUGCGAUCGGUAGAGGUGCAAUUGAACCAUGCAUGUCAGCUUUUGGUGCUGAUCAAUUUAAAAUACCUGAACAAGCAGCCAACGUUGUCAAGUAUUUUUCAAUACUUUAUUUCACAUUCAAUAUUGGUCCACUUAUUUCAACUGGGCUAACUCCAAUUCUAAGAGAAGAUUUCCAUUGUUUUGGUGAAAAUGAUUGCUAUUCUCUUGCGUUUGGAGUUCCUGUUGUCUUCUUGAUUAUUUCCAUCCUACUUGUUGUUAUGGGUAAAUCAUCGUACACGCACAUUGAAACCUCAUCAGAGAAUAUGAUCGUGCGCAUAUUUAAAUGCAUAAAACAUGCCAUAUCCACGAAGAGGAUCGAAAAGGAAGCUAAAUCGCAUAAAAGGCUCCUUGAUUACUCCAUACAAGAAUACGGUGCUCAGUUAGUUGCUGACAUAAGGAUCAUGAAGAGAAUGUUAGUGCUUUAUUUGCCAGCGUCGUUCUAUCGAACGUUGUCGGAGCAACAAGGAAGUCGUUGGACCCUGCAAGCCAAUAAAAUGAAUGGUGACGUUGGGUUUUACAUCAUAAAACCGGACCAAAUUCAAGCAUUAAAUCCAUUAUUGGUUCUUAUACAUAUUCCACUAUUUGAAAUCAUAGUUUAUCCAAUGCUAAGUAAAUUUGGCAUUCGACGGCCACUUCAAAAAAUGACGAUUGGCGGAAUUUUUGCUGGAAUUGCAUUUUUAUUCACAGCAUCCGUUGAAUUCUGGAUUGCCUCGUCACCUGAACAUUCCGUAAGCAUGUUGUGGCAAGUACCUCAAUAUGUAUCUUUGGGAAUGGGCGAGAUUAUGUUUUCCGUAACCGGCUUUGCAUUUUCUUAUGAACAAGCGCCAGCGAGUAUGAAAUCAGUCUCACAAUCUUUUUGGUUUUUGACAUUUGCAUUGGGUAAUUUGAUUCUUGUUUUGAUUACAAAAAUGAAUCUUUUCGAAUCACAAGCGCACGAAUUCAUUAUGUUUGCCGUUUUAAUGUUCAUUGAUAUGUUCAUAUUUGGAAUUAUGGCACGAAAUUUUGAACGUAUGAAUUCAGAUGUGACGAUAGCAAACGAUAUUCACAAAAAUGAAAUGAUCGAAUCAACAAUAUCAGGUGAUAAAUGGUGAUAAGCUUAGAGACACAACAUCAGUAUGAAUUUUUAUUCUGCCAUUGUGAAGCAAUUCCACAACU